AGGCGGCGCUUAAUCAAAAAGCGCCAUGGAGGCAGAUAGCACUGAGCAUUCGGCAUGGGAUUGCAGCUCAGUGCCUUCCCACGUGGCGCAUUUGCUGUCCUAUUGGAUGAAACAUUUGGAUAGCGGUGGCAAGGCAGAUGAGUGUUUGGUGGCGUUGUGCAGCUUGGUAAAAGUGCCCGCAGUUGCUUGCAUGCUGCCUGCCCCUCUGACGGACGAGACGAAGAAAGCGUUGGAGAAAAUUUCCGAUGCUGGAAUCGAAUUGUUGGCUGCGGCAGAAACCGCCUUGUGGGACAUGCCCCGGAUGCUCUUCGUCUUUCGGCUUCGAGAGGCAGAACUCGCCAGUCCUGUCUCACAGCUGCAGCAUUUGUUGGAGGAAGUGGCUGAAGCGACGGUGCUCUUCAAGCCAUCCGUUGGCCCUUGGCUUUGGCCACUUCAUGAGCCCGAUGUGUCAGCAGCUUUGCUCGUGUGCGACGCUAUGGCGGAUGAUGAGCACUGGGCGAUGCGAAUCAUCCGUGGCUUUCGCAUUCUUCCACCGGUUCAUAUGGCGGAACAACAGAAACAUAUCAGAGAGCAAUACAGUGCCUCCACCACCUACGUCUUCGCCUGGAGCGAGAUCUACGUCCAGGGCAUCUGGGCUCUGCUGAUCGUGGCAAUCCCCGUGUCCUUGGCGCUCAGUUCUCGGCCCUGGGUGCUGGGCUGGGAGAGCUGGCAGUUCUACCUGCUGCAGGUCAUCAUGUUGCUUUGGACCAUGGUCAUGGCUGCCCUUAGCCGCUCACGGCGAGCGUUUGUCAACGACGGCAGCCUGGGAGCGAAAAGCGAAAGACCCACCGACUUGAAGCAUCUGGCCAAAACGAGAAGAGCCAAACUAAAGCAGAUGUUGGCGGUCACCGGAGCCGGCAAUGCAUUUGCGGAGGUGGUGAAUCUGAGGCAAAAUCCAGAUCACUGGCAUCAAGAGCACCCAAAGACAUGGACAGUGCUGAGUAUAUUCGUCACAGUCCUGGCGAGCUCCUUAUGCUUGACCAUGGCUCUAUUUUUUCUGCUGAUUGUGAUGGAGCUGAAGAUGCUCCUGAUCUUCAAUUGGGGGGAGUGCUUCGAGCGGGGCUGUAUUGGUCCCGAAGAAGUCCAUGGCUUCGCGGGCUUCCUUUCCAUGGUGGGCACCGACAUUUUGUUGGCGCUGUUGAUCAAUGUGGCCACAGGGGAGUUGUGCAAAGCCUUCGCCUUUCAAAUCGCCAAGUUCUGGAAUUUCAAGGACAUGCGACAUCGUCUCUUUUGCUUCCACAUGACGGGCGCCCUCAUCGACGGCCUGGCCGCCAUCGGGGUCUUCUCGUUUCUGGCCUUCGCCUUUCUGCCGGAAUGGGAAAAGACCAUCGAGGCCAGCUGGGACGAUGCCUCCAUGUGUCAGCACUUCUUUGACUACCAGAUAUGCCGCGCGAUGGCUGGUUGCAGUGUGACAGAUCAAGUUUGUUGCUCCGGCACCCUCUUUUGCGCGCGUGCGAAAGCACCAGUUACACAGCGUCAGAAUCUCUUCAAUGCCUGGCUUGGUGGUCUCUUUAUGGUGGCACCCUUUGUCGAUGUGCUCAUGCAGUUUGUGGUACCAUUGCUGACCUAUUGGUUCCACUUGAAAGCUGACCGGAUCUUGGAGGAUGACGAGCGAUUGAAGAAGAGGUCCUGCUGCUGCGGAUGCCUCUCAGGACUGGGUCGCCUGUUGGCGUUCAUUUUCGUCCUUGAUGGAGGUGUCAUGGGCCUACCUUACGUGUGGCGAGGCUAUCCCUUCAAAGAUCCAAAGAUUGAAGUGGAAGCUGACGAUGACUAUGGAAGAAAGGCCUUGGGGCCUGUUUGCGCCAAUUGCAAGAAAGACAUGCAUUGGACAAAGUCGCAAGAGCAAUGGGAGUGCCGCCACAGCCAAAAGUGCAACUCCACACACCAUUCCAAAGGGGAGACCAGAUGGCAACUUGGUGGAUGUUUAUCAUUUCACUGA